CGUGGACGUGUGCAGCAACCGUAAACAAAAGCGAUCGAUCUAACUAUGUCGGUGAUGUAGACACUAAAACAAAAUACUCUGGGAAUUAUUUAGCAAAGGAUUCUCCAAAGCAUGUUCUAAUAAUUCCGUGUAAAAGAAUGGCCAAUCUUUUCAAACGACGUGGAACUGGGAUUGUGACCGCUGUGUUCGCUUUUAUAGCGUUUGUAAUGAUUGUAGCUGCCCUUCUUUCAGAAUACUGGGUUAUGGCCGAUCUUGAACGCCAAGUCGGGAAUUCGACACAGAAGGGAGGUUCUAAACAUUUCGGAAUGUUCAAUGGAGUGAGCAAACAGGAUUUUGGACUUGGAGCAAGAGAAAGGGACUUCGCAGGUAAAAACAGAAUAAUUUUUGUUCUCCAAAAUGUAGUUUGUCCUGAGAUUAAAAUACUGUUAACAUUCGCUCACUUUCAGUUGAGGACAUUGUGACAACAUUUUUUUCCCAGUUUUUUGUCAUUUUCUUUGCUAUUAAGCAAAAUGUUUAUUCCUGAAUUUAGUGGGCUGAACAUCACUACUCAGGUAUUAAAAAAGUAGCAAAACGUGAAUAUUAUUAGUUGUCUACAUACAGACGUAACCCAUUUCAAGAAAUACCACAAUUUUUACAAAGGGACAGACACUUAUUUUUAGCUACACGUAUUUUUUGAUAAGCUGACUGAUUUUGUAACUGAUUCCAGCCUCCAUACUGUGAAAGAUGAAGUUCAGCGCCAAGCGCCAACAGGGCUUUCAUUUCAAGGUUUUAAUAUUUUGACAGCCACUAACAUUUUUAUGGUCUUUGAAAAAGAGUCAAGUAAAAAAUAGUCUUAUGACAUAUAUUCUUAAAAAUAAAACAAAAAAUAGACACUUUGAUGUUCUAAAAGAUGUUGUCGAGUCUUUCCAACUGACUUAUGAUGAAUUCAUCAUUACUGAAUAUCACAUUCACCCACCUGCUGUAAUUAAUUUCCGUCGCUACUGAUAACUUAAUUGUUUGGCACUGACUCAACAUGUGUAUGCUCCUAACAACUCCCAUGAUGUUGGGAAAUCUACAAGCUCAAAUGCCAAUUGUGUCAACUAUUUUAUAAAUGUAUUUGCUUUUGUUGUUGAUGCAGAAAUAAAUAGAUUGAACAAACACACACUAGGCCCUCUUAGGGGGACUAUGCACAGGGGCAUAGCCAGCUUACUGUUGUAGGCCUAACUGACUUUCAUUUCCACAUAUCCUGAAAAUUGCAUGCAUGAAUAGUACGAACUGAUCUCACCAACACUUUGAGCUUGUAUACUUUUUAGCUCACCCCAACAACCCAUAAUUUAUUACAAGCAAGAGAGUGAUCAAACCAAAAAUUUGUAGGCCCGGGGCCUCCAGGUCUAUGGGCUGGCUACGCCCCAGACGUAUGUCCCUAGUCUGAAUUUCAAAGCCUGUCGUUUCGAGUUUUGAGGAGCAAGCCAUGUGACCAUUGGUAUUAAUUUUACUUUUGUAUUUGCACUUCUCUCUGUUGCUGUCACAAUUUCAACCCCUCUUUGUGUCAUUUGUCACCAUUUCUGUGUUCUUAUGUCACUGUUUUUGAGGCCAUUUUGUAUGUCGGAAUUAAACCUAACAGAACGUCAUUACCAGCACUCAUUCUUGGCCAGGGCCAUGGUGCUUUAUGUCACCAAGUUUGAAGACAUAACAGGAAGAGUCCUGUGCUACCCGUUUCUAAAUUUUGGAAACACGUUCAUUAUUCUGUCACACAGUUUCUGUUUGUUGCAUAUAACUGAUAAGCAUUUUAGCCUUUUAAAGCUCACUCUACUAAUACUUUGCAAUUUCAUCUGUUGCAGUCAAGGAUGAAUUUGAGGGUGUGGCCAAUGAUGAUGUUGUUUGGGCAACUGUAGGAUUCUGCAUUCUUGGUUUGGCUGUCAUCGCCAUAUUGAUUGGACUUACCUGUUAUAAUGAGUUUACCAAGCCAGAUUUAACCAUUUGUGGUUCCACUGGGAUAUAUGUUUGUUGUGGAAUAGCUUGUAAGUACUGAAAAAAUAAGUUAACCUUUAAUUUAUUGUUGUGUGAGCUGCAGGGCAGGGCAAAUAAUGAAUUGGGAACUAUUCACCCUAGAUGGCUUUAGAGAACCAGACAUCUGGGUUUCCAACAAUAUGCUCAGGUUUGGAGAAAAAAUGAUUUUUCAACAUCUUUAAGACCUAUAUGCCCACUCAUCAGUUCUUCAUAUUGUUGCUCUACUUGCAGUUUUCUUUGUGAUCAUUUCUGCAUGUUUGUUUGCUGCCUUGUUUGAGAUCCAACUCAAAAAGAAUGUCUUACAACCACAAGAUCAGCAGCGAGGCUUCUCUUCAACUGACAAGGCUCAGCUUGGAUAUUCAUUUUGGAUCUUGUUAGGUGCCGCUGGAGUGUUGUUACUCUGUCCACUCAUCAUUUUAUUGAAGAAUGUUCACUGCACACAUUAUUUCAAAACAAAAAAGCAUGAAAUAACUCAUGUAGAUGGAGUCAUGUUAUAUUAGAUGACAAAGUCAUGGUUAACUCUAAACUUAAGUUUGAAUCUGAUCAAUAUCAGUUCAGCUUUGAUACUGUGAGUAGGCAUGUACAUGUAUGUUUUUAAACUUUAACAGACUGUAAAAAGAAGGUAGUCGCAGAUAAGAUUAAUGAGAAGUUCUUGAUUUAUUUAUUGCAAAUUACUGUGUUAUUUAUAGUAAGUUAGAGGUUUCGUAUAAUAUGAAAUAAUUUUCUUGGUUAGUGUAGCUCUUUAAGAAAACAUGAACAUAGUAUUGGUAGUAUUUAAACAGCUCCAAAAAAGGUGACUGGCUGUCCAUGAACUUUUGGCUAACAGUAUGCCAUUAAUCCCCAAAGUUAUUGCUAGGGAUUCAGAACUUGAUAUGAGCGACCUGAGUUCAGAGAUCGUGGUGUUUGGGAGGAGAUCUCCAUGAAUGUCUCGACCACUCCAGUGGUUGAAGGAUGAUGAUGAUGAUGAUGACGCCAUUAGUGAGCUAACAAACUGCCAACGAUCCACAAAACUAUUGAGAACUCCUCACUAAAAAAGUGGAAAACCAGAGAACCUAAUAAUAUUUAAUAAUUUUCAGCAGAGUUGGUUUGAUAUUUAUUAAUUUUGUUAAACUUAUCAUAUGUCUCAGGGAGAUUAUGCUGUUUUUACUAAGUAGUUAUAACAUUAAUAAUUAUUAUAAAACACAUGGCUGCUGUAACUGAAGUAUUUGGUGUCAGGGGGUUAUUAACAGACUGUAAACAAGAUUAACUGGUUUUAUGAUAACCUAAAUAUAACAUAGCUAUUCACAAAGUGGAUAAUAUAUAUGCAGGAUUUUUAGGUAACAAGAAAGUAGUAUUUGUAUAAGCUUCCCUUUUUAUAAGUGAAACCAGUUUUAAAACAAAGGAUUUCAAAAUAUCUUGUAAUGUGAUAUUUAAAAAAUUGUUUUAGUGGCACUUCAUAGUUCUUUGGCUGAAGUUAUGCAACCCAGGAUAGGAAGCAAGACUUUAAGCCUAAAUUUAAUAGGGG